AUGCGUUUCACCAACACUCUUACUGCGGUCCUCGGUAUUAACUCAAUGGCUACUGCUGGCUUCGUCAAGGCUGAUUUUUAUAUCAGCAACGUCGCUGGUACCCAACUUGAGCGCCUGAACAGCUACAGAAACCAGCACCAGCUGACUCCGGAACAAGACAAAGUUCUUGACCAGGCAGCGGAGAUUGUCCGCACGGCCGACCAUUCUCAGAUUGGUAUCAUCCGCGCUGCUACCGAGGCCGCCUUUGGUAAUGCUGAAGCCGCAUACAUCCUCACCGGCAAGCACCGAGGCAGCGAGAAUACUUUUGCCGAGAAACGGGCCCUGCUCCGCCGUGCAACAGACUGCAACUGCUCGACCGACGACAACUACUGCAAUGACAGCCAGUACUGCGCCUACAACUAUGGCAAUUGUAACUUCAAGCCUGGGUGCGGUACUCUUUGGCUUGAGGUAUGUGAUGGCAGGUGCGUCAAGAAGUGA